AUGUUACUUAGGUGGUCUUAUUCUGACGAAGUGUUCCCUGGAGAUACUGGGAGAUACUGGGAGAUACUGUGCUGCACAAGUUACACAAGUUGGUGUGGUCGGAAACUGUGGGAACCCUACACAUCGGUUAGCUGGCUAGGACUUGGGACAGUAGGUUCCCGUCAUUCUUGCCAUGCUGUCAUUGGUGACCUUGGCGAAGGCUUGUCUGUCGUGGAGAAGAAGCUUGGCGGCCCGAAGCCGAUGACCCCCAGCUUCGGCAUUCUUCGCCCGUCUAGAACUCCUGGGAGGCGUGAACUCAAACCGCAACGCCGGGAAUAA